GUGUAUUUGAUGAUUUUUUAUUUAUUUUUCACACAUCUGUCCCAAAACAACUGUUCAUCUGAGGACAAAUUUUGGCACAUGGCAUGUAUAUUUUCCAUGUUCAAGCCAUUCUUGGUGAAAUUUGAUGUCUCCAUCUUGCAUUAGUCAUCAGUGGGAAUGAGUGAAUACAAACCUUGGGAACAAAAUGUAGCCCCCACUACAACAGACCCCUCUCCUUUGCUGGUGUAAUUCUGUAAGGGAAUCAUGAAUAGAGGGCGAGAAAGAGACCCUAUUGAGACAAGUCUUUCUUUACAUCGUAAUUUAACUCCAUUCCUUCCACUAUAACACCUUGACAAGGAGAAUCCUUCCAAAUAAUGGGUUGUGGAGGGACACCAUUGCUGCAGGCUGCAUCCCUGUAAUUGCUGAGCACUUCCUGGUACAGGAGGCAGUUGGGAUGACAUGGGAAUGGGCGAGAUUCCAAAGACUGAUACACAUUAUGGUGUCACCACCUCAGUCAUCUAAUGAUAUUCAUUUGUGUGCAUUUCAUUUUCAUUUACCUGAAUAUAUAUAAACUGAUAGAUUGCAACACCUGCUUUUGACUCUUACACAUUUUCUCCAGAAUGUGAUGUAGUAAGGCAGCCUGUUUAAUGUGUGUGGUUUGUUAGCAGACAUGGAUGAACUGACAUCAUGAAAAGCACCACUGGCAGAAACUCAAACUUCAUAUACAUAAAAAAGGGGAAAAUGUGAACAAAAGGGUCACAAUUUGACCCACACUCUGUUCCCCUGACAGAUGGAGAUCAUUAAUAUUUUAAUCCUCAAAUAUGUAAUACCAAAAAAACCUGAAUGUACAGAUAGCCACACAUGUAUUCUCGUAUAUAUAAGCACACACACAAACACACACGCACACACAGCCUCUUGGCAGAUGGUGAACCACGAGGUUGACAGGGCUGUAAAACAAGCCUGUUCUCUUUGUCCACCUACACAGCACUUUGCACAGUGUGUCUAUCAGAUGGCGGCUCUUUAUCAAGGUGUGGCUGACACCGGCUCCACACAAAGCUCUGUUAAACAGGAAUAUAGUAGGCCUUUAAUAACCGAGGAGCUGUGGCUGGACUUGCCAAGCAGCUCUCUUAUCGCUGCCAUUCUCCACUGAGAUGCCUAAAUAGAACAUUUACAGCUAAAUGUGUGUAAAUGUCUGAACUGACAAGACUGUUUGGUGACUGUUGCUUAAUCCUUGUAAAUGUAGUCAAGCGCUAAAUGUCUAACGCAUACUACAAGGUGUGGUGACACCUACAGAAAAGUUGGUAGCUUCUAUUGUAUAUAUAUAUAUAUAUAUAUAUACUGUAUAUAUACAUACAUAUAUUAUAUCAUUCUGCUCAGUGAGUGUCAUCAUCAGUCUAUUGUUAUAUCCAUAAACCCAUUAGUCACUCAGUUAAGUUUGCAUCUGUCAUGACACAGAGUUCAAAUGACCUGCUCUGAAUUCUCUAAAUACAUCCUGCCAGGUAUGAAUGCACACUUAAACUCCAUUGGUGUUAGGUGUAUGUGUCACUCCUGGUUACCCUACUGUAUGUGUAAUUAUAUGGUUGCAUGGAUGCUGCGUCUAAGAGGCACCCACCCCUGUCAAUUAUCAGACUGUUGGGAGGAAGGGAGGAGAUUAUGCUUAAUUGCCAACUGUGGCUGUGUCUGGGUGUUUCCUCCUGAGUCAAAUCACUGAGACAGAAAAGUGAUAAGUGGAUUUGCCAUGCAAGCAGACAAAUGCUAUGUUGCUCAACUGUGUGCCUAACACUGGAUUUGGCACGAGACAAUAUGAUUUAUGAUAUUGUCUGCCAUAAAAAUAUUUACUCCAAGAGUGAUUCAGCUGAAUGAAAUCAUGUUCACAGUAUAGUAAUUUCUUUUGGAUUUAGAUUAUGUUACUGCUCAAGUUAUUUUGUAUCCAAAUUCUGAAGGUGGAUGCAUUUUAAUGUUUUGUGCUAUAAUAACCCCUGUGCUAUUGUCACAGAAUCUCAAACUUCCCCUUUACAAUUUUUUCACUUUUAUUAUGCCACAGUAAAAAAAGUCACCAGGCCAGUAGAAAUUAUUAUUUUACCUUUUGUGGAUACUUUUUCAGGACACAAUACCAGGGAAAACUGCCAAAUCCAUUUUGACUGACACUCUGCUCUUAUGUUACCAUAGGGUUCACACAACAGAGGCUUACAGGCGAUUAAUAUUGAAUGAUGUUAAACUUAGAGGUGGGGUGGGUGUGGGAUACAUAAUCUUGAGAUGUCAGUUUGUCUUGAGCUGCAGUUGUUGUAAGAUUCAAACUACAAGAGGCAACUGUUGCUAAGGGUCCCAUUACCCGAGUAACUGGUGAUUGUUUACACUGGCCUAGUAGGUUUUCUUACUUGCAGUGUGACAGACUGUUGCUGCUUCUAAACAGCGUAACUGCUGACAGACCAUGUGAUUUCGCCUCUGUGGAGUCUGUGCUUCAGUCUGAGGGUUUGUAUGGGCCCCGCAGUUGGACUACAAGGCUGAGUGCACAUGGCAGAGGAAUAGGCUGAGUAGGUUUCUGUGGAGACUGCCUGUCCAUGUGUGUAACUUGGAGUUGCAGGGUCCACCUGUCUUCCCAGUCUGGCACAUUUUUAGCCAUCACCUGCCACUGGCACAAGAUCAUGUCAUCUGAUUGCUGGGUGGAGCCAUGCAGUCAGGGCCACGCAAAGGAGACUCGACUGAAGAAGCAACAAGAGGAAAUAGCGGAAAAAGAGGAAGUGGAGGUUCCCUACAGGGAUAACCACCCUGCAGUAAGCCAGAGGCAGGAGGAGGAGUCUGGAGGAAAAUGGCCUUCAUCACCUACCCAUAGUGGCAUGCAUGCAGUGACAUCACAAUGUGAACUGGAGCAGGUCGAGAGGGAGAAGAUGCAAACUCAGGAAAAGAGAGAGUUUUCCCACAUGACUGUCAACCAGGAAAGCCAGGGAAGACGGUCAGGUGCCUGUCUGGGGGAGCGAUACCUCCGGAGGUCCAUCCCCAGGGGAUUGUCGACCCACACUGACAGGGGGAAGGAGCGGCAGGCAGAGGAGCCCCGGGGGCCUGGGCCUUUCUACUUCUUUGGAGGAUUCAAUGGGGCUGAAAUAGUGAGGAGUUACUGUGAGAGCAAGGGAUGGAAGAGGAUUUACAACAAAAACAGAGAGGAUUUCAAACUCAAGUGGUGUGAGACCAAAUCAGCAGCCAACUACUGUAACUUCAGAGAAGGAGAACAGUUGGUGUACCAGAUUCCUAACAAUAUGGUCCUCACCACUAAGAUUGGCCUCCUCAGCAGCCUACGGGAAUACGAGCGCGUCAGCAGCAAAGUCAGCCAUGGUCAAGGCCUGAGGAGUCUGAAAAUGGAUGAGUUCAUUCCCACUACCUUCCGCAUGGAUGUGAAGACAGAGAGGGAGGCUUUCUUUGCCCAGCAGGAGGCUGUGAGCAACAAUGAGAAUCAAAUGUGGAUCUGUAAGCCCACGGGUCUGAACCAGGGCAGAGGGAUCUUUCUGCUGAAGAGUCAGGAUGAUGUAGUCGCCUUCAGACUGAAGCUGCAGCACAUGGAGGACAGCCAGGCCAGGAGGAAGAUGCAUCACCGCCAGCCUCAGGCUCGCAUUGUCCAACAUUAUAUCCAGAGUCCGCUGCUCCUGAAGGGGAAAAAGUUUGAUGUGCGCUCGUACCUUCUGAUUGCCUGCACUGCACCUUACAUGGUCUUCUUUAGCCAUGGGUAUGUGCGACUAACCUGUGACCUCUACGACCCCAGCUCCAACAACCUCUCUGCCCACCUGACCAAUCAGUAUAUGCAGAAGAAGAACCCUCUGUACAGCCAGCUAAAGGAGGACACUGUGUGGUCCAUGGAGAGCUUCAACGCCUACGUAAAUGACAGGUUUCAGGUUGCCAAGGGUCUGCCCAGGGACUGGGUGCUGGGCACCUUUGCAAAGCGCAUGCAGCAGAUCAUGACGCAGUGCUUUUUUGCGGUCAAAUCCAAGUUAGAUCGUCGACUGGGCUUCUUUGACUUGAUUGGCUGUGACUUCAUGAUUGACGAGGACUUCAAGGUGUGGCUGUUGGAGAUGAACUGUAAUCCAGCUCUCCAUACGAACUGUGAAGUGCUGAAGGAGGUCAUACCCAGGACUGUUGUAGAGGCACUGGAUUUAACUCUGGAGAUCUUCAACAAGUGUCGUCUCAGGCAGAGGAUUCUCCCCUUGGCCAGUCAGAGGGACUUUGUGCUGCUGUAUAAUGGAGUUUAUCCUCCCGAUUUGGUGCUGGCCUGCAGCAAGAGCAAUGCAAGCAGUGAAUGUAACCAGAAAAACACAAAAAAGACCCAAAUGACUGAACCUAGAAGAUUUAAGUCAGGGACGACGGGAAAAAUUAUGCCAUUUGCACCCCCUGAUAGUUUGGUGAAUAUCUCAGCAAGUGGUGAAGGAAGGGGUGGUUCGAAGCCAGGCCACCAUCCCACCACCUCCACCACCAUCUCACCUCUCCAUCCAAGCUCUCAGCCAGUACAGACUGUUACAAAUAAGAUCCCUAGGCCUCAGGUCAAACUCAAGCCGAACAAAUGUACUUUGCAUCAUCAUUUGAAGGCUGCAGAUGAUGCCAGGUGCUCUAUAACUCAGCAAAACUCGAGGAUCAUCAUGUCUUUGUCAUCACCAGUGCUGAGAGACGGGAUCUCUGUCUGUGGCUCACCUCCUGUGUGUGGGAACAAACAAAAAGAGGAUCCUGGUGAAGAAGAGCUGAGUAAAGUGCUUGGCAUAUGAAAGAGGAACUGUGACGCAUAUAUGCAAACAGCUGGGAUCUGUUGUCUAAAAAAGAUGUGGUACUAUUUUACUCUCAGAGAAAUGCUCAUAAAUAUUUGAUGUGAAAAAUCUCACUUGAACACUUGACACUUGAUCAUAAACUGGUUCAUUUUAUUGUUAGUUUGUACGGAGUAUGUUCUUUGAUUUCAAUUUAAAAACAUUCUUUUGUUUACUGUAAUAAAAGCACAAAUCAA